AUGUCUUCCAUCACUUCCUCCGGCUCCAACCCUUUCGCCAACACCAACCCCCCUCCCGAUGCCGCCGACAUCCGCAACCUCAACAUCUACGAGCGGGUUCUGUUCCGCCUUGCUCAGACGGACUCUUCCUACUACGCGUGGAAGACGUACUUCUCCCUCGUGUUCCGGGAGUACAACCUCCUCGACCACGUGGACGACUCCGUCGACUCUAGCCUCGUGCCCGCGCACCAUGAAUGGUCCACCAUCGACGCCACACUCAUCCAGUGGUUCUUCCUCAUCAUCUCGCCGGACCUGUUUUCCACGGUCGCGCAGGACGGUGAUGACGCCCUCGCCCAAGAGUUCUUUGGAUGCCACCAGGACAACUCCUCUGUCGACAACUAUUGUCGCCGUCUCAAGACUCUCGCUGGCGAGCUCCGCGAUAUCGGCGCGAAGAUCAAUGACGAUCUCCUCCUCAGCGCGCUCACCGCCGGUCUCAAUGAGGAUUUCGGCAACGCCGCGGCGAACCUCACGCUCAUCCCCGAGCCCUCCUUCGCAAAGUCCGUGGCUUACCUCCGGCUGGAGGAGCGUCGGAUGAAGCAGGUUAAGGCACGGGCCAUCCACACCGUCCUCGCUGCCGGCACCACUCGCGGCGAUCCUCCACCACCACCCGCCGCCCCCGCCGCCCUCCACAGCCGCGGCAGCAGCCGCCCUACCCGCAGUAGCAGCCACCGUCGCUGCCCCUGCCGCCACCCCCUAUGGCGCGCCCGCUCCACCCGCGCCCCCUGCUGA